AUGUCUUAUUACGACAUAGAUUCCAUUCUUACAGAUGCAGAAAAAAUCCCAUGCACAUUUCAGGUCGACAUACCCGACCUUGGUUAUCUCGACAAUACCCCCACCCAACCACUGAAAGCCGGCACCAAAGUCAGCCUCCCUCUAUGGCUCGCCGAAAUGCUUGCCAUUGCCAACACUGGAGACAUCGAGGGGAAGUCGUUUGUGACUUUUGACCUGCCAGCCGCCCUCGGGAACGAUGUCGUCCAGGCACUUAAAGCCGACCCACGCGCAGUACCCCUCCGAGACCAGAGCGCACAUUUCUACGGGCUCGCAACACAUAUGAUGGAGCUUUCUGAGGAGCAAGAAUUGGCGGCUGUUCUACGCAAAACUUUUGUGGCUCGGGCGGCUGAGGUGGCUUUGCACGCCCGUAAAGUCGGUGGUGUUGGGCACAAAGGGAAAGGUGAAGAGGGGAGUAAUCUCGGGAUUGGUGGUGCCGGCGAAGAAUUUCUUAGAGGGCUGGACGAAUGGGAGAGGAAACUCUUCCGCAAAGCACAUGACGGUGCAAAGGCCGGUAAAGAAUGGAUGGAGGGCGUCAAGAAACAUUAA